AUGAACAUGCCCAAGCGCUACUUCAAGAUCUUGCGCCCGUUCAUCGCUCCCGAUGCGCAGCGCGCGGUCAAAUGGGAUGACUUUUACGGACUAUUCGUCAACCAUUUCGAGUUUGACGUCAAGCGAGGCAAAGGCCGCGUCCACGCCUUCACCCCGCCGACUCAAGGCUGGGUCUUUGCACCGAAGAAGUUCCUCGCGUACAAGCCGAAGCGGCCUGAACUCACGCCGACGGAGGUGCGCGACAUUAGGAAGACCUUGAAGGAAGUAUACGGGUGGGGUCCCGACUCGUUCACCGGCGUUUAG